AUAUAUAUAUAUAUAUAUAUAUAUAUAUAUAGUAUACACACCCUGACUCAAACGUUACAAAUAUACAUGCUGAUGUACAUAUAUAUAAGCAGGGAAAAUAAUUUUGCUGUGUUCUUUAAUUUAUACUUCUUCCUUUUCGGUGUAUCUUAAAGAUUUUCUUUUGAUAUUUCCUUCCUUGGUUCUAUAAUAUUAACGGAGGUUGUUGUCAUUGGAAGCGAAUUGCAAAACAGAUCACCAUUAUUAUUACUAUAUUAUUAUUAAGGUAACUUACUUGAAAAAUUUCUGUUAUUAUUUUUUUCGUUUCCUUCUUUACAAACUUUAUUACAUUUCAUCUAACUCACGAAAUAUUUUUAAUAUCGAAAGAAUUAAGAUUAAAAAAAAAAAACACAUUUUUUGUGUAAAAGAACCCCGAAAGACGACGAACUUCCUGGUUUGACUCUUGUUCCAAAUACUAUUGCUUUAUUCAAUGCAUGGAUUGCACUUUAACAAAACCAUUCUAGUCAAUUAUAUAUUGGAACAAUGUUUAGAAAAUGAGUACCUCCAAUCUAUUUGUACACGUGUGAGUACACACAUUUAUUUGUAUGUAAGUUCUCAACUUCAAAAGCUAUAUACAUAUGUAUAAUUCCAAUAUAUAUCAUUAUAUGUGGGUGUAUAGAUAACAUACGAAUGUGUGCGUAGAAUAACUAGCCCAUUGGUCUGAAAAACUGUCUUCAAAGUACUAUUUGCUUGGAUCCUUUGUCUGAAUUAGCUAAACUAUGGCUCAGGAACCUGUCGUCCUGAACGUAUACGAUAUGAAUUGGAUAAAUGAAUAUACUUCUUCGUUGGGUGUAGGAGUAUUUCAUUCUGGUGUUCAAAUCUACGGAUCUGAAUAUGCUUAUGGUGGACAUCCAUUUCCUGUAUCAGGAAUAUUUUCAAUGGAACCAAGAGAGGCUAAAGAACUUGGAGAACACUUCAAAUUCAAAGAAAGUAUUGUGAUAGGAACCACAGACUUUAACCCUAUGGAUAUUCAGAAACUUGUUCGAGAAAUGGGCAAGGAAUUCCGUGGAGAUUAUUACCAUUUGUUAACCAAAAAUUGCAACCAUUUUUCCUCAAUCUUAACAGAAAUGAUUUGAGGGAGAUUUGGCUGCUAAUUCUAUUUCUUUAUUGCCCACAAGGGGCUAAACAUAGAGGGGACAAACAAGGACAGACACACGGAUUAAGUUGAUUACAUCAACCCCAGUGCGUAACUGGUACUUAAUUUAUCGACCAUGAAAGGAUGAAAGGCAAAGUCGACCUUGGCGGAAUUUGAACUCAGAACAUAGUGGCAGAAGAAAUACCACUAAGCAUUUCGCCCGGCGUGCUAUCGUUUCUGCCAGCUCGCCGCCUAUUUGGCUGCUAAUUCUAGCUGAUCAAACAACCAUAUAAGAGAUUCCCUCAAAUAUAUGUAUUUGACAUAAGGUAGCUCUCCUGAUCUGUAACUUGCAUGUAACAUUGUGUAUAUAUCAACCACACACGCAACAAACAAAUAUCAUGAGUCAACAAAGGGUCUAUGUUGUCAAAUUUCUUUCAACUCAUUGUAGUCCUAGGUACACUUUGUGAAGUAAAAAUGGUCGUAACCAGAACAUCUUUGAUCAUGAGUCUAUGUAAUGAACCUGAUGCUAAACAACAGCAAUAAAACAACAAACAAAUAUUUAUACCCUCAUGUGUGUGACUAUAUUACACACACAUGUACAUACACAAUUUUGUACACGCCAUAAUGCUUCAUCAUAACAGUAGCCUGUUUAUUUUUCUUUUAUUUCCUCCUCUUUUAUUCU